GACAUGGCUUCAUUUUUCAUUCACACAAAACUCAGAGGAGGAAAUAAUGGCUUUAGCCACAAGUAUAUCUUCUGUGUUUGAUCAAGGAUCUGUGAAGGUGAAGUCGUUCACCAUUAAAACGUCGGACUUGUCUUCACCACCUACGCAACUGUUCAUCGUUGCGCCAGUUGAAGAAAAUACGUACCCGGUGCUACUUUUUUGUCAUGGAUUUUGCAUCGACAACACUUGGUAUUCUCAACUUCUGCAACAUAUAUCUUCCCAUGGUUACAUUGUUGUCGCGCCUCAGUUUUACCAUUAUAUGUUAAUCUCCCCGACGAAAGAAACGGAGAUAGCAGCCAAGGUAACUGACUGGCUAUCGACGGGCCUUUCACAAGUGCUGAAAGAAAAGGUCAAACCCGAUCUCACCAAGCUCGCGCUAUCUGGCCACAGCAGAGGUGGUAAGGUAGCAUUUGCCCUUGCAUUAGGCCAUGCCCCAACAAGUCUCAAAUUCUCGGCAAUACUAGGGAUCGACCCUGUUGAUGGCCAGUCACCUUCUAACCGGGCGCAACCCAAAAUCCUCACCUACGUCCCGCGCACUUUGGAUCUUGAAAUUCCUAUUGGAAUAAUAGGUACGGGCUUAGGGGACCAAUCGACGGGCAUUAUCCCACCUUUUGCUCCAGACGGAGUCAAUCACGCAGAGUUUUUUAACGAGAGUAAACCUCCUUCUUGUUACUUUCUUGCAAAGGAAUAUGGGCAUUGUGAUAUGUUGGAUGAAUCCAAGGCCUCUUUAGCAAGUUGGGCGUGUAAAAGUGGCAAGGGUUCAAAGGAAGAUAUGAGAAGGGCUGUCGGAGGAAUUGUGGUUGCAUUUCUUAAUGAUUAUUUGGGAGGUGAAUCGAAGGAUCUUGAAGCCAUUUUUGAAAAACCGAGUACUGCUCCUAUUGUUCUAGAUCCAGUUAUUUCUGUCAAAGAGUGAGGGAAAAAGUUGAAUAAGAGACUACACACGACUCGACUUUCGAAUCUUGCAUGCCAAUUUUCUAGUCGUUUCGAAUAUAGUCUCCUAAAAUAAUGAUCAGUUUCUCCUUAAAUAUUAACUGUGGUAGCUAAGGGAAUAAAUUAUCAUUAUGGAAGCACAUAGCAUAACUAGGUUAAUUGCUUCAGUUCAGGCAUGUAGUGUAAUUCCUUAAAUUUUACAUUGUCUUAGUUAUAAAGCCAGGUUUGGCCUCUCCUAAAUCUGCACUUUAUAUUAUUAUUGUUAUAAAUAAAACAUGCCACUUGGA